UUUCUCACAAACCAUAAGGGCAUCGCGCGAGUCUCAUCUUCUCCCUCUCAUCCUCUCAUCUUCUCACCGGCGUUCCCUGCAGGUGUUGUCUCUCCGGCCACCGCUCUCCCUUCCGUCACUCUCCAUCUCACUUCCUUCUCAGGGUUGUUCCAAUGGAGGAUACCCAAGAAGUUGAGGAGGUACAAGAAGAAGUGAUUUCAGACAAAACAUCUGAAAACAAGGAAGAAGAAACUCGCGAUGAAAUUCUUGCACGCCACAGGCUCAACUAGAAUUAUAUAGACCCACAUGGAAUCACCAAUAUAAGGAUGAUUGAAGCGGUUUGCAACAAUGGGUUAUUAUCCCAGACUAAAUGACUGAAUUCAAUGCUUUCUAAAAAAAAUAAAAUGCAACAGCAGAAUGAUAAGGUUCUCUGUCCACAUCCUAUAGUUGUCGCAUUCAACUUCCCAGCUGCGUCUAACAUUUGUUGUCCUGAGUCUCAACCCCACAAUUCCCAGCACGAAUGAAGUCAUGAACUGGAAAGCAUGAACAAUACCCUAGAAACAAUCAAAAUAUUGGUUUUAAUCCAGGAAAGAGAUAUCACAACUGCAGAAAAAAGAAGUUGAAAUGAAAAAGCAAGCAGCUAGAGGUAGCAAGGCUGAGCAAAAAGCUAAGAAAAGGCAAGUGGAGGAAGAGGUUUCUCAACUUUCUGCUAAGCUCAAGGAGAAGCAGGCCAAAGAACUGUCUGCAUUAGGCUAUAGCAGUGGUAUCGGAAAUGAAAAGAGCAAUAUGGACAAUUUGGUGAAGGCCAUAGCUGGAGUAUCUGUUAGUAGUCAACCUGAGAAUACAAAGGUCAGCAAGGCCAAACAGAGGCGUGACAAAAGAGCUCAACAAGAAGCAGAGAGAGAACAGAGAAUCCAAGCAGAGCAGAAUGACAUUAUAAGUGAUCGCACAGUUGAAAAUGAGAAACUCGAAAGGAAGUUGAAGCCUCUUGGUUUGACUGUAUGUGAAAUAAAGCCUGAUGGGCACUGCCUUUACAGAGCUGUUGAGAAUCAAUUGGCCCACCUCUUUGGGGGAAAAUCUCCAUAUACAUUCCAACAACUUCGAGAAAUGGCAGCUGCUUACAUGAGGAAGCAUACAUCAGAUUUCCUCCCAUUUUGUUUGUCAGAGAAUUUGAUUGAAGGUGAUUCUGAUGAAUCGAUUGCUCAAAAGUUUGAAAAUUAUUGCAAAGAAGUAGAGUCCACGGCAAUAUGGGGAGGACAACUAGAGCUUGGUGCCUUGACUCACUGCCUGAAGAAGCAUAUUAUGAUAUUUUCAGGGUCCUUCCCUGAUGUGGAGAUGGGGAAGGAGUAUAAAUCAGCUGAUGGUAUUGGAUCGUCUGGUUCCAGUAUCAUGCUUUCUUACCAUAUGCAUGCUUUUGGGCUUGGUGAGCAUUAUAAUUCUGUGGUCCCAAUCCCAAUAUGAUCAAAUGGAACAAAUAUAUCACAUGGAUGCUUAUUAUAUCCCAUGUAGCGUUUUGAUCAACAGCCAGGCGUAUGGCUGAAGGUUAAUUGAAAACUUAGUUGUGAUUUGGAUGUGCCUAUAGUUGUACAUUUCUUAACUGUAAUUGACAAUUUAUAAUUUAUGGAUGCUUAUCUAUCAAAUGCUCUUUUGACAUCGAUCGAUUUUGAGUGUUUUGGCAAAGCUUCAUAUAUCGAUCAGUAAACUAGAUUUGAAUAAAUUUGUAUCAAAUGCUCUUUUGACAAUGAUUGAUUUUGGCAAA